CUGAUAUAUAAGGACGUCACUUAGCAUAAACGAUAUUCACCGAUAUUUUAGGAUCUUUUACGAACAUCUAUCAAAAUGGAUACCAGCAUUUCCAAGAUCACGUGGACGCUCGCACUGCUGUGUGUACUAGCGGGUGGGGCUUGGGCAAGAUGCUGCUUCCCGAGCCAGUACACCGCCAACCAGGGCAUUUUCAGGUCCACGGUGCGCGGCGGCAAUCUCUCCAUCAAGCUGGCUAUGAAUGUAUACUAUUAUGACGCAAUAAAUCAGAUGGAAGCGGUCCUUGAAAACAUCAUCGAAGACGGACAAACGACGACAAUGAAGGUCAUUAAAGACUACAAUGUCACGAAAACGAAGUACGUGAUUUCGGAAGACGGCAACUGCAGCAGAACUCUUUUGGAUGCCUUCAAGGCGGCUUGCAUACCAGACUGGGCUUAUAAGGUCGUCUCCUCCAAAGUCGGCAACUCCACUUCCGGUAUGCCGAUCGAGUUGUUCAACAGCAGCGCAGGUAACACCACCUCGUAUUUGAUCACCGCCCCAGACGGAUGCUACCCGGUGCUUGAUGUCUCCGCCGUGCCCUCUGGACCCUCUCCCUACAUGCAGGUUGUCCAGUUCCACAAUAUCACGCUUGGGAUACAGGACCCCUCGGUGUUCAACGUUCCUCCAAGCUGCAAUUAGACUGUUAUCACCGGGAAAUAAAUUGUCAUAUAAAAUAUCACUUGAAACAAUUAACAAUGAAACAGAAGAAAAUUGCGUCAAAGACCAAGCAUAUGGUGUUUACCUUAUUUCUUAAUUAACUGCUCUUCUAAAUUGUGUUGUUUUUGUAUGAUGGUAUCCAUAAAUAAAUAUCUUGAAUAUGGUU